CUACUCUCUGAUAAAUUAUAAGAAUAGAUGAGGAAGGCGGUAACCGUGACCGCCAGUCUGAUUGACAAGAUGUUUUGAUGUUUAUAAUUCCUGUCGUGAUCUAUGAUUGAAAAUAUUUUUGCCGUCCUUUGUGCUCCAUUUAUGGCUGUUAUUUGUUAUAUUUUAAUACAAAAUGCAUUUUUCCAUUCCAGAUACGUUGGAAGUUAAGAAUGACAGCAGUUCAUCUUAUAUAGCAUACAAUGUGCAUGUAAAUGGGGCCUUUCACUGCACUGUGAGAUAUCGACAGCUGUAUAAUUUAUAUGAUCAGUUGCGAAGGGAAUUCGGACCAAAUACUCUUCCUCCCUUUCCCCCUAAAAAGUUUCUUCCACUCACACCAGCACAAGUCGAAGAACGGCGAGUAAAUUUAGAGAAGUUCAUACAAUUAGUUAGCCAAAAUGCAACUGUUGCAAACAGUGACAUAUUCAUGGGCUUCCUGCUCUCAGCUCAGCAAGAAACACAAAAUGCUGUGGAUGAAAUUAUUUCACUUGAUGUUCACCUAAUGAAUUGGCAAAAAGUUACUGUCAGAAUAUCUUCCUUAGCUCGUACAUCAACAGUGAUGGAAGUAGUCAGCAAAUCCUUAAAAUUAGAAGAAAAGUAUAUGGUGUACUUUAGCAUAUUUCUAAUUAGUAAAAGCAACAAUGAAUUGUCAGUGGAAAGACGUUUACAAGAUUUUGAAUCAGCUUAUCUUUCUUUAAAAUCUGCUGGCAAUGACCAUUUCUUAGUUAUUCGUAAAAGUUAUUGGGACUCUUCAUAUGAUGAUGAACUCAUAGAUGAUAAAAUAUGCCUCAAUCUUUUAUAUUUGCAAGCUGUGAGUGAUGUUGAACGAGGUUGGACAAAAACAGAUAGCGAGUCUAGACGUAAAUUAGUAGCUUUGCAAGCAAGAGGUUCAAAGAAAGAGUAUCUUCAGCUUGCCAAGACAAUGAAGUAUUAUGGUAACAUUAGAUUUCGUCGCUGUGUUUGUGAUUAUCCCCAACCAAGCUCUCAAGUUACUGUGAGUGCUGGUGGAAGAGAUUUAAUUUUCCUUUUAGAUGCUGAUCCAGCAUCUGAAAAUAAAGCCUGUUUUAGGGUUACAAGAAUAAAAUGCUGGAGAAUAACUACAUCUCUAUCUGAUUCUGAAGAUACUAAAUCAUUACCAGUGAAAUUAAAACUUGAGUUAUCUUUUGAAUAUCUUAUGAGUAAAGAUAGCUUAAGAUGGAUCUGCAUCAACAGUGACCAGGCUAUCAUGAUGAGCAUGUGUUUACAAGGUAUGGUUGACGAGCUUUUGUCCAAAAGGAAUGGUAUUAAAGUAGAGGAAAAAAGUGAUAGGUCUGGAAGAAGAGGGUCUUGGAACUACAUGAAGAGAGAUGGUAGUAGUCAUCAAAUAUCUUCAUCUGUUGGUCGUUCAGUCUCGACGGAUGGCAUUGUCCAUUGCACAAAUAGAGAUGAUACGAACAAUAUAAUUGGCCGCUCUAAAGAUCAGGUUCGAAAAAUUACUGGAAAAUUUUCGUCUAAACAUGGAAUAAAGAAUGGUCCAUCCUCUCCUAAGCCAUUAGUUGAAAAUGAUGCAUUUGAGGGAAUUGGUGAUGAUGAUUUAUAAGACAAUGCAAAUUUUUUAUAUUUUUGAACUCAAAUGUUGGCCAUAAAUAUGACUGCAAUAAUCAUUUUGCAUAUUAUCUUCUGAAUGACAAUACAAUUGUUUUGCAACUUCUUCAAUCCAAUUUUUUUAAUCAAGAAAUUUAAUAUUUUUAUUGCUAAUUAUAAAAUUUUAUUAAUUUUAACUCAUUAAAUUGAAGCAAAUUUUUGUCCUAAUGUUUUUAGCUUAAACACAUUAAAUUUUUUAUAGUUUGAUCAGGAAAUUUAAAUGUAAUAUUGAUUCUUUUUUAAACUGUUAUAUUUGCAUUGGUUAUUUUUUUUUAUCCUUAAUGAUGAAUUUUAAUAAUUGUUAUUUGUGAUGAAACAAAAUGAGAUUUUUAGAUUUUGUAUUAUCUUGAUUGUAAAAUAUAUAUCUGUGUUUAUCUUAUGUAUGUUUUAGCACUCUUACAUCGAAUUUGUUACAAUUUUCUGAAAAAUGAUUUCAUAUUGACGUAAUUGAGUACUAAAAAUAGAAAAUGUGAAAUAUACCUACAAAUCUAAUUUUUUUUUUUUUUUUUUAAAUUUUGAAGAUAAAAAUGUUUGAAGUGGCAAUUUCUAGUUGCUAUAAUACAAAAGGGGGUCAAAAGAUCUCGCUGGUUUAAUGUGCCACACAAGAUAAAAGCAAAGAGUUUUUGAAGUAAGCCAUACAAAUUAUAAAUUCUUUACAUUAAUGCGAUAUUUUUAUGCAGUUAAAAAAUAUAAAAAAUGAUAAUUAAAAUAUGUUUACCAAUAUUGCUAUUGAUUUAAACACUAAACAAAAAGAUGCUAUGAACCUACUUUUUAAUGUGGUGACUUCAACCCAAAAGAAGAGGAAUAGAAAGCUCAUUUUUUAGAAACUUGUACAGUCAUUUUUAAAAAAAAUUUGAGGUAGCAACAUUUAUGUUGUUAAAUCUUGAAUUGUUUUACCAACCAUGACGAAUCAAUAAUUCAAACAUAUGUAUGUAAGAUAUAUUAAUUAGGCAUUUACAUUUCUAAGUGUUGGGAGCGUAUGGAAACUUAAUUUUUCAAAAAAUUAUUUGUACCUUAAAUAUUUUUUAUAUUGCCUGUUAGAAAAAUCUUUACUAACAAUGAUGCAAUUGGCAGCUAUCAUACGAAUACUCGUUUUUCUUUUUUAAAAUUUUUUUUAGACUAUCAGCAUUUUCUAUUUUUAGUUUUCACUUAUGAAUGUAAUGUGUCAAAACUACUGUUAAAUGUUACAAUUGUUGCUAAUAGCUUAUUGAUGUACUGUUUUCAAAUUACUCAUUUAAACCCCGAUGUUUUUUUUUUUUUUUUUUUUCUUCUUAAGAGAAACAAAUAAUUUAUUAUAGAUUGCAUAUGCUGAAUACUGUACAGAUGAGUGCUGGAUGAGGCACAAUUUUUAAAGGGUAAAAUGUUUUGUAAGACAUUUUUUAUAUAUCUUCUGUUACAAAGAAUGUAUUUUGAAAGUGAGUUUAUAGAACUUCUCAUGUAUUGUACAAAUGAAACUUUUCUUUUUUCUUCGAAUUGUGAAAUCCAUUUUUUUUAUAUGGCCUUCCCUACUUACAUAUGUUUAUGUCUAGUUUUGUAUAAAAAUCUAAAGAAGAAAAAAAACAAGGAAAGAAAUCACCAUUUUUUCAAAUAAAAGGAUUUAUCUCCUU